AUAAACGUCACCUAAAUCAUGAGACAGUAAAUGUUCACGUCACUUUUUGUUGUGUCACGUGACAGUUACUGAUCCAAAAUGGCUGCCGACAACCUCCCAUCUGAAUUUGACGUUAUCAUCCUUGGUACAGGCCUUACUGAGUCUGUCAUUGCUGCUGCAUGCUCAAGAGUGGGACAGAGAGUUCUGCACUUAGACAGGAGAAACUACUAUGCUGGAAACUGGUCAAGUUUCACAUUCAAUGGCCUUUUGUCUUGGAUUGAGGAGUACAAGGCUCAACAAGAAUUUCCAAGUACGAAUUCAGAACAGGGAUGGAAGGAUCAAAUCGAGGAUGAAGAGGAAGUUAUUUUUCUCAGCUCCGUAGACUCCUCCAUCUCCAAUCUGGAAGUAUUCUCUUAUGACAGUGAAGAGUCUAAGGAUGUUGAGCAGCCGAAUGCUUCUGUAGUGAACAGCUUGCCCGAAGCAACUGAAGAGUUGAAUGGCUGCCAUACAGAAGCCCAAGACAUGGAUUCUUUCAAUUCUUGUACACAAGGUGAUGCUGACCCACAGAAUUUAGAGGGGAAUGAGCAACCAUCUAACAGCCAAGACACCUGCCAAUCAAAGGAAGAAAAUAAAGAUCAGCAGACAAUAAGAAGCCCAGAGCAAGCACUAGAGGUCAAAAAGAAAAUAACCUAUGCUAAGUUACUGAAGGAGGGUCGCAGAUUUAACAUUGAUCUUGUGUCUAAGCUGCUGUAUUCCCGUGGCUUACUGGUGGACCUUCUCAUUAAGUCCAAUCUCAGUCGUUAUGCUGAGUUCAAGAACGUCAGCUGCAUCCUCACCUAUCAUAAUGGCAAAGUGGAGCAGGUCCCGUGUUCCCGUGCUGAUGUAUUUGGCAGUAAACAGCUGACUGUGGUGGAAAAACGUAUGCUGAUGAAAUUCCUUACAUUCUGCCUGGAUUUUGAGCAACACCAAGAGCAAUUCCAAGAUUUCACAGAAAUGCCAUUUGCUGAGUUUCUUAAAUGUAAGAACCUGACAGAGAAUCUGCAGCAUUUUAUUUUGCACUCCAUUGCCAUGGUGAGCCAAGAUGCUCCAACCAACACUGGACUGAAGGCUACGCAGCACUUCUUGCGUUGCCUAGGUCGCUAUGGAAAUACACCUUUCCUGUUCCCACUUUACGGCUUAGGUGAAAUCCCUCAGUGCUUUUGCAGAAUGUGUGCUGUUUUUGGGGGCAUUUAUUGUCUGCGCCAUUCUGUACAUUGCCUUGUUGUGGAUAAGGAGUCCGGCAAGUGUAAAGCUGUGAUUGACACUCUUGGUCAGCGAAUAAGUUGUAGUCAUUUUGUGGUUGAAGACAGCUAUAUCCGAGAUGAACAGAGAGCACAAACAACAUACAGGCAGAUAUCCAGAGCAGUGGUCAUCACAGACCGGUCGAUUUUACCUUCUGAAUCUGAUCAGCAGAUUUUAUUGGUGACAGUGCCUCCUCUUGAGCCUUCUUCUCCAGCUGUAAGGAUGGUGGAGCUCAGUUCAUCCUCCAUGACAUGCAUGCCUGGAACCCAUUUGGUCCACCUGACUUGCUCAUCAUCAGGCUCAGCUCAUGACGAUCUGGCACCUGUCAUUUCCAGGCUUUUCCAUGUACCCAGCAGCUGCAAAGAGGAAUUUGUAGGUUCAGAGGAGAAUGAGAAGCCUGUGGUAUUAUGGGUGAUGUACUUCAACAUGCGGGAUACUUCUGGCCUUGACAACAGCAGCUAUAAUCUUCCAAGCAACAUCCAUGUGUGCACAGGCCCCGAUGACAGCUUGGGCAGCGAUUACUCUAUUAACUUGGCUGAAUUAGUGUUUCAUCAGCUGCUACCUGAUGAGGAGUUCUGUCCACCUGCUCCAAACCCUGAGGACAUCAUAUAUGAUGGCGAUCAGGGACAAGGGGCCAUGUUUGAGAAUGACAGUCAAAAUGAAGGGGCUAUAACUGAGGGAGAGAAUGGGCCUCAGGAGAACACGCAACAAGUGUGUUGCUCAGAACCUACAGACAGUACAAUACAGUGUGGGUCUGGUAAUUAUGACUGAAUAUAAUAUUUAAAGCCCACCCCUGAAUUAUAGUCCUUAAUGAAAUGACUAUUUGUUAAGUGAUUAUUGUACACAAGUGACUGUCAGCUUCUCUCCUGGAGAUCUACAUUCUUGCAUAAUUUAGGCUUUUCUAGUACUUUUCCAUUGCUGUCUCUAAAGUGUUAAAUAGAAAAUAAUUGGUUUCCACACACUGCACAAUUACUGUUGUUAUAUACAGAUAUGUAUGUAUAACCUGAUGUGUGUGCCUGAAAACUUUGCUUUGGUGUUGUGCUUCUGACCACAUCAGUGCUGGCUUACAAAUCUACCUGCAUGCAACUAAAAAGCUGCCUAUCUUCAAAUGAAAUGCUUGUUAACUUAAAUAAAUAUUGUUUUGUUCCCGAACAAGUUUAUACAUUUCAGUAACACUUAAAUUCCACUGUGCAUUACAGUAGACUUGUGCAUGUGAUUGCAUGUAAUUAAACAAAGAGAACACUACAGUCUGCUCAAAUCAUAAAUAUCUAAAAAGCAAAUAUUUUCUUCAGACUCUUCAGUAUGUGAUAGCAAAGUUUUUAUGGCUCUAAUUUACAUUGUGAUACAAUAAUUGUGAUGCAACAUUAUGUGAAGGAUACCUACACUGUGCUUUUUAAGACAUUUGUUAACAUUACAUGAAUAUUUUGCAAAGUAAUACUGGAGGAUGUAAGGGCCACUUUGUGUCAAAAUGUAUCUAAAAACCUUUUAUGAAAGUUCAAAUUUAGUACAAAAAAGUACGAAAUUACAAUGGUUUAUAACAUAUAAAGGUAUAAAAGACACCAACAAUUUUUUGGUCAGCUGACUUUCUUGGCAACAGAAGGUCAACUUUUGUGUGUGGACAUUGUUUACUGAUUUACCACUUUACUUAUUUGCAUUCAAAACGUUUAUGCUUAACAUCAAACUAUUAUCUACUGUCAUGUAAAAAGUCUUUUUUUUUUUUUUUUGCAAAAGCUUCUUUUAUUUUUUCUAAAUUCUCUAACAUCUAUUUAUAAACGAUUUAUGUUUAUGCCCUGUGUAGGUACCCUUCAAAUAAAGUGCCUAUUUCAAAUCUGAAAA